GUAAUAUCAACAACGCAAUGCAUUUUUAAUUGCAAGAAUGAACACAAGUAUAAAUGUAUAAAUGUCCUAGGUGGUCGUGAUAUCCUCACAGUUGUGACUGCACAGGCAUCACUUUAGGAUAUCUAACGGUUUACAAUGAAACUCACAGCACUACUCGUGUUAUGUAUGGCGGCCGUGGUGUGGUCCAAAUCCACAUACACCGACAAAUAUGACAACAUAAACGUAGAUGAGGUAUUACAAUCAGAACGGCUCUUAAAAGGCUAUGUGGAAUGUCUCAUGGACAGAAGCCGGUGUCCACCCGACGCAAAAACACUGAAGGAAACCUUACCUGACGCCCUAGAACAUGAAUGUAACAAGUGUACUGCGAAACAGAAGACCAACGCAGACAAAGUCAUCAAACACUUAGUUAAUAAGCGACCAGAAUUGUGGAAGGAAUUGGCCACUAAAUAUGACCCUGACAACAUCUACCAAGAAAGAUACAAGGACAAACUUGAUGCUGCUAAGAAGAGUUAAAUAUAUAAAAUUUUGUGUCCACGUUAAAAUUAAAAUUUGGGUAAAAACGUGUGUUCAAAAUUGUAAAAUGUUCUUCAAAUAAAGUAUUUUAAUAAAAAUAUUCCUUUUGUUACUUA